AUGGGCUCCAUCUUCAAUUACAACGGGGGAUGCGUCCUCGGAAUGAGCGGCGCGCAGUGUGUGGCCAUCGCCUGCGACCUGAGGCUGGGAGCAAACAACUUCACCACAAUCAGCACCAAUUUCACGAAGAUAUUUAAAAUGAAUGAUUAUGUCUACGUGGGUCUCAGCGGACUGGCAACAGACAUUCAGACAUUGUAUGAGUUGCUAAGGUACCGAGUGAACCUCUACGAGAUUAGACAAGAGACCCCGAUGGACAUAGAUUGCUUCGCAAAUAUGUUGUCUAGCAUUUUGUAUUCCAAUCGAUUCUCUCCCUACUUCGUGAACCCCAUUGUGGUCGGAUUUCGAGUUAAGCACACCAUGGACGAUAAGGGGAAUAAGAUCUGUACGUUUGAGCCCUACCUCACUGCGUACGACUUGAUUGGCGCCAAGUGCGAGACGAAAGAUUUCGUCGUAAACGGGGUCACCAGCGAGCAGCUCUACGGGAUGUGCGAGUCGCUCUACAUAAAGGACCAGGACAAAGACGGCCUCUUCGAAACAAUCUCCCAGUGUCUCCUGAGCGCAUUGGACAGGGACUGCCUAUCCGGAUGGGGAGCCGAAGUUUACGUUCUGUAUGUUUACCCGAAGUGCAUCAGCUUGGCCUACUCCGUCAGCGUGAAUGAAGCGAAAAGGAGUUCCUUCAUAAGCAGCAUUGAAAAUGCCCCCAAGUUCACCGCUUGCGCUGGGGGGAGAAGCAAAAGUGACAGGCAUAGCCAUAACCGCAACCACAGCCACAAGAACCAAAUCAAUGCUUCACAGGGAAACGUAAUUUACAAACAAAUAAAAGAGAGAGGCACUCCCUUCAGGUUUUACAACAUCGGGGACUCCUUCUAUGGGAGGAUACUCAGCAUAAGUAAAAAAAAUAUAAAGCUGGACAUUUUAUGUGACAGGAAGGCAUACUUAAAUACGUCGGAGUAUUUCCGUUUCCCCAUUUUACACAAAUAUGUUUUUACGCUGCUAAAGGUACACAACAUCAUUCGAGUGAAAAUUAAAUACAUUCAAACGGUUCAUCAGAAGAUCGCAGUGCAGAUCCAAAAGUACACCUACGAGGAAAUUUUAUCGUCCUUUAACAAUGGGCGUAGUUUAAUCAACGCGAAGAUUUUGGAUGUCUUGGACAACCACGUGUUGCUUUACUUGGCGCCCCAAAUUCACGCAAAGUUGCUCCUGCGAGUGGGGGAGCGCGCGGACGAGUACCGGCCAGGAAAUGACGUCCUCGUGCGGAUUGAUCGCUUCGAUGGGCCGCGCGGGGAGUUGUACGUACGGGUUCCCUAG